UCGUGUUCUGUCUUCCUAGUCAACGUCGAGGCAUCUUUGUUUAGAGUGAGCAGUUUGGAGCUGAGUACUCUACAAUUUGUGUUUGUGUUCUUGUUCUUGUUCAUACCAGGUGUUGUUCUUGUUCAUUUCACAGUCCUCGCAGCUUUCGAGAGACAGCUUCUGUUCCUCGUUUUGAUCUGUACCGAAGAGAGAUAGAGUCGGAUCUAUCGAUUGACAUCAAUUUGUAGAUUUCGCCGGGUACGGGUUGAGUGACGACUAAAAAAUGAGAGAAUGUUGAGACGAGAGCUCUAAUAUUCAAGAUAUCAUCAAUAUCAUUCGCAUUGUGAUCUGUGUUCUUCUCUUUCGGGCACGAGGGUGAGGGAUAGUGCAGUGAACAUACCAUGUUCCUGCUCCUUGUUGUGAGUGUGAGAGACGAGUUUUUCAGGUGUUCCGCUUCCGUCGUCGCCUCAUAUUGAUAAGAUUUAGAAAGCUCCUCCUGCAGCUGCAUGAUCCCAAUUUUUCUGGAAAUGCGCGAUAACAGAGAAAAAUAAGAAAAUGAUUCGACUUUCUUCUCCUAGCUUUUUUGAACAUCCCCGCGGUCUGCGUAGGGUUUGUAGCCAGAAGAAAUUGUAGGCUCUUGCUUCUAAGUGCUAUCUGAAACAUUCUCGUUCUGGUUCACUAUUUUGAAAGAAAAUUUAUGCAGCCUGUUCUUGUGUAGAAGGAUAUCUUUCAACAGAAGAGUCUCUCUUCUCUUAAAACGACAAAAGUUGACGUUUUUACAGGCUACGGCGUAGCUGCAAAGUAGCGAACGUCAUCAAUCACUAGAUAUAGAAUCAGCUAUUGUCGUAUUACAAACCCAACAACAUUUAGAAUGACGAAUAUAAUAUUAGGACAAGUAGUCAGUUUAAUCAGUUUUUUAACACGAAUAGGAAUAGUACAGCAGCAAUAAAUAUUAGAGGAACUUAGACGGUUGAUCCAAAACAACCAACAAACUCUACACAAGAUGUCUUACUCUGAAGCUUGGAAGCUUGUCGCCGGCAACGCGGUUGAAACCGGCCCCGAUCUUGGAGGCAGCGGCUUGGGCCCCAAGGGGUCCUAUGCUAACUGCCCUGUCGCUGAGUAUGUCUGGCUUGAUGCACAUGGCACACCGCGCUCGAAGACGAAGACCUUGACCAAGAAGCCCAAUACGGUAUUAAGUACAACUUUCUUGCACCAGGAAAAAAACUAAGUAUUACUUGUACUUGUUACUCCUGCGCAAUGACAUCAACGACAAGUUGUAGUUAUUCUUUGAUAUUCUUAAUCAUCAUGAUGAUCUUCAUACCAUCAGCAAAGACGAGGAAACUAGUAAGAUUACGAAUACCGAAGUUGAAUAUAUAAAUCAGGCCGACGACUUGCCGAUCUGGAACUUCGAUGGGUCUUCGACGGAGCAGGCUCCCGGUUCCGAUUCCGAAAUUCUGCUCAUCCCGCGGGCCAUCUUUGCGGAUCCCUUCCGCGGUGGAAACAAUAUUCUCGUCAUGGCCGAAUGCGUCACACCGGACAUGAAGCCAGCUAUCGGAAACGCUCGUGCCGGUUGCGCUGCGAUGAUGGAUCAAUACGCUAACCUGGAUCCCUGGUUCGGCAUUGAGCAAGAAUACACCCUUCUUGCCCCGGCACGUACUUCUAACCUUAUUUUUGCGUGUAGCUGCCCUGCAUAUGAGUUAGAGUUGUUGUAGAAGUACUACUAUGAAUGUAUUUGAUGCUUGUUUUUAGUAAAUUAUUACCACGAAAUUCAAAUUUUAAUUUGAAUACUAGUAUCACACAUCAAACAGUUGAAGAUUAUUAAAACUACAUCAACUACAACAGCUAAGAACGGAGAAGUGAGCAAAGUCCCGCUUGGUUUCAACGCUGACGGCAGUGAGCCAGCACCGCAAGGACCUUACUACUGUGGAGCGGGAACUGGUGUGUCUAUUGGUCGUUCAGUCGCUGAAGUGCAUCUUGCUAAGUGUCUCUAUGCCGGUGUCAAGAUCGCGGGUGUGAACGCCGAAGUGAUGCCGGGUCAGUGGGAAUUCCAAGUCGGACCCUGCAAAGGCAUCGAAAUGGGUGACCACCUGCACAUGGCACGCUACAUCAUGAACCGCGUCACCGAAGAUUUGGGCGUCCAAGUGACCUAUGAACCAAAGCCGAUGGAAGGUAAUACCAAUUUACUUACUUAUAACUAUAUAUUUUUCAAUGUCGUGCUAGGUAGUACUACUAGUAGAAUAUUUUUCCUGAAAAUUUUGACUUUGACAAGGGACAUGAUGACGUCUCCCGCCUCCUCAUUCAAUCCAUGAUCAUUCAACAUCAAGAUCAACAUGAUCCUCACUUGAUACUUACUCUAUUGAUUCAUCUACGUACUUACAACUUCUAGGUGACUGGAACGGUGCCGGCUGCCACACGAACUUCUCGAUCGCCGCCAUGCGCGCGGAAGGUGGUUACGAAGUGAUCGAGAAAGUGUGCCAGGCCUUUGGCGCCGUCGCGAAGGAGCACAUCUUGGAGUACGGUGAGGGCAAUGAGAAGCGCCUCACGGGUCAGCACGAGACCUGCUCCAUCAACGAGUUCAAGUACGGCGUUGCCGAUCGUGGCGCCAGCAUCCGGAUUCCGCGUGAAGCCUUCCUGAACAAGCGCGGCUACAUGGAAGACCGCCGCCCGGCAGCCAACUGCGACCCGUACAAGGUGACCAAGCGCAUCGUCCAAACCACGGGUGAAUGCAUGUCAAAGCCCAUCGAAGGCUAAGCUUUCGAAGCAUCAAGAAACUGCUUUCGAGUACUUAGAAAUUAUCACACCUCUAUCUCUAGUAGUAGAAAUAAUGGAGGGUUGAAGUCCUUUACUGAAUCAGUGAUAAGAUUUACACUUCUCGGGACUUAGAGGUGCACCAGCCAAGUAGAGUAUGUCGAAGUUCUUGGUAAAAGUCUUUGAGUGGUAUCCUUUCUUGAAGAUAACGAUAACGUUGAAUAAAGGAUUAAUUAUUUGAAAUCAUGCGAUAUUUGAUUAUAGGAGGUGUCCAGUCCCACAUAAUGUCAUAGAUGAAACAUCACAAUCACAUUCACAUUGGAUGUUGUUGCUUAUAGAAUAUGUGAGCUUUUUUAUGUCUCAUCUCCGCAGGUGGAAUCGAUAUGAUGCGACAAAAUAGAGAUGUCAAUAAUAUUGACAUCCACGACUUUUUUAGAGAUCGUUUCCCUUCGAUUUGUUGAUCCACUUAGAUUCUCUCUCGACGGAGAUCCACUUUGAGACUGGAAGAUAGAUCGUUUUUGUAGAUAGUUGACGUAAUAUGAUAUAAUCAAGAUUUUUUUUAGAACAUUCAAGUAGACUUUUUUAUCUCCGAGAACCUAGAACUAAAAGGCUCAGCCAUUGGCCGCUCCAGUUGGGUGCUUAGAGUCAGUGUGUAGAGUGUAGAACUCCGGAAGACCAUCAGAGGAAGCGGCAGUUCAUCCAAUAGAUAUUACCAUUCACACAAAGUGACUCAUCAAUUUUGAUUAUACUAGAAGUACAUUGUGGGUUUAUCUGGUGAACCGGUACCCCAUUGCAGAUAAACCAGUGCGCACAACCAUCGAGCGGGGCACUCACUGGAGGCGCUGCGCAGGGCUCCGACCUGCCUUCGAAGGUGAGACCUCUGGGGCUGACAGGACCACGACAGCGCCCCCGGCGCUUAGUUAUUAUUAGAUAAGUACUUGCUUGACCUUGCCUUCUUUCGGUUUUUGUUUUUCUGAUUAGGUCUGCUCCACCAGCAUUAUACUAGAAGUACAUUGAUGAUUCCACAAUCUUCAUGUGAAGUAGUUCACGAUUUUCUUGUGUGUAGUCAAAAUCUUGGAGGUUGUGGUCUGCUAGCACUAGCUCCCCAGCAAGGAAACGGAUCGACGUCAUCUUGCGUGGCGCCUAAAAAAAUGCACCACGUCAUAAUAUAUAACUGAUUUUCCCUGCUUACUAUGCAUAGUCUCCAUUUUUGUGUUUUUGUGUAUGCCUCCACCAAUCACAGCACUCAAGACAUGAGUAUUAAAAUGCCAAGUACAUCAGAACCAGAAAAAGUAUGAUUUUCUCAAGUAUGAUUUGUUAAGGAGAUUAAGAACUCCCCCCUAUGCCGGUAUCCACGCGGAAAGUACGCAGGUAGGUUUUGAAUUAUCGGAACUCGCUCGCACUACAAAAAAAAACUCUUGAUUACUUAUCUGAAUUCAAAAACUUUUGGAGUUGUAGUACACAAUCACGAUAGCGACAGGCAUAAUCCAAGAUAUUAACUGAUGUCAUUAUAUAUCUGGUACUAUUGAUGUGCCUGAUGAUGUAGUUUGAUCUCGUCUUUCAACUCUCAGUCAGGCUAGGAGAUGGACUCAAAUAGACCAUUGGUUGUCUCGUUCUGGGCCUCAACGGGAAUGGUGGAGAUAUAAGCAGUUUUCAUAGAACUAUCAGUAUGAUCAUUUUGAUUUUUUUAUCGUUAUUCGGCAGUAAAGUUCGCUCCUUGGAAAUAUGUUUAGGACAAGGACCUGCCCCCCGACGAGAUUUUCAAGAGCGUUCUUGACAAAUCUCUAUCUAGUUCUCGUGCGCAGAAAUAUUUCUGAAAUCAAUGAAUAAGUAUCAGUAUGUAAGAUGAAUUAAGAUUAACGACCGGAGUAUUGGAGCCACCCAAUGGUGGAAAAAUCAGACUCGCUAGUAUACUAUUCUCUACUAGUCCACGGUGGACUAUUUUAAGAGAGUGACCUACGUAGACGAAGUUGAAGACUCUACGUGGUCUUGGUCAGGAAAAGAACGAAGAUCUUCAUUCAACAAAUGCUUGUUCUGGAUCUGGGACUGGAUCAACCACACAAGUAAUUUGUAUUUGAGUACUAGCGCCCAAGCAGCUCAUUGAAGAUGAGUAUACGAACUAGAGAAAUAAUUUGAAAAAUUAGAGAUGUUAGUGAAUUUUUAAGUAGUAAAAGUAGUUCCAACUCCGAAUAAAUGAAUGAAUAGAUAUGGGAUACGUUAUUUUUUCUCAUGUAGUUUCAAGAUGUUGAUUAUAGGUCGUGAUCGGUACCACUGAUUGCGUUGAUCUGUGAUCUUUCCGAUGCAUUGAGGAUAUGGUGAUAAGUGCAACGUAACUGCACGAACCUGGCAGCUUCUGGGUGCAAUAAGUGCAUGAUCCUUCUGGACAAUAAUUACUUAGAACAACGUGUUCGCAUUUCACUCAAAGCUAGAAGCAGUGGCG